AUACAGUGGUCGGUUGCAAUGAGCCCUGACUGCAACUCUUAUCAGCGAUGAGCACCGCUUACUCUGGUGCCGCGAGCAGUCCUGACCCCCUGGCUCCCAUCUGGGACAUCAACCAUCCGCAGAACCCCCCUGUGGGUCUCGCCGGUCCAGAGCUCGGCUACAACGCGGCGCUGUGGGAGCACCAUCACCACCAUCACACAGGCCCCCCCUACCACCCCGACCUGCUGGCUGGCUUCCCGUGCAGCCCCGACCUGUGGCCCCCCCUCGGCGCCCCCCCUGUCCACGCCACCACCGCCAACAACCACCGGCCACAGUGCAUGAUCCAGCAAAGAUUCGGCGGGAGGACAAGCAGUACAUCUUCGUCGGGGAACAGCGGAAGCGCAGUGGGGCACAAAAAGCCGCGACGCAGGGUAGCCACCCUGGCCCAGCGCAGGGCUGCCAACAUUCGCGAGCGCAGGCGCAUGUUCAAUCUCAACGAAGCUUUUGACAAACUCAGGCGAAAGGUAAAAAUAUUAAUGAACAAUUAG